CCGUAGUAGUUGGUAUGGCCCUCUCCCAAGACUAAAACUGCCAUUGGGCUGCACAACGUGUAUAUCUACUAUUGUUUCAUAACCUACAGGGUCAAAGUGGCGGCAGAUCCAUCAAAGACAGAUGCAUACCUUUCCUCCACACAACAGGAAUUUCCCUCUGCCGAAGCCGCCAACACUGGAGUUGUUUUGCGAGAGACGCAUAUGGCUCAGCGGUGAAACGCCACUGGGGAUGCGGCUGGGAGGCUCGCAAGUUCAACCAGUAUCCAAAGCAGACACUGAACAUAAAUGUGUGGCCCUCGUACGUUGUGCGCACUCAGCCGAUGGCUGGAGGGACGAAGAAACUCAAAAUCAGCAUGCCGGACUGAAGGACAAGAGGUCCAACUCCAGUGAGAAGACUUGCUAGAGAAGUGAAAGAAGAGAAAAGCCCACACUAAAUUAGAACUGUGUUUUAUUCUACUAUAAAGGUUUAGCCCCACACUACCUCUAUAUAAUAUGAUGCACACCAUAUAGCGCACACCAACGAUUUGAAUUGAACAGCGCAUGUGCACAAUU